UGUUCCACUACACUUGUACAGAGAGCUACACGCUACCCUUAUCGUUUUACUCCAAUUACAAAGGAACCCAGAAAUGGCACACGCCUGCAUUUCGACAUCGGCAUCGUCUCUUCGGUUGAUUUCCACGGGCUUCUCUUCAAACUCCAGCUCCAAUCUUGACUCUCAUAAGUUAUCUCUUCCUUUCCUUCCACUUCGUCCCAGGAAACUGAAGAAGCUAAUUGGUAAUCGAAAUAAUGUGAGGAGCCCGCAGGCAAAAGCUGUUUACACAGGAGAGUUUUGGGCUCCAGAGGCAAGCUCUCGUCAGGGAAUUUGGUCAAUAAGGGAUGAUUUGCAAGUCUCAUCAUCACCUUACUUCCCUGCAUAUGCACAAGGGCAGGGCCCUCCUCCAAUGGUGCAAGAGCGAUUUCAGAGUGUUAUUACCCAGCUUUUCCAAUAUAGAAUAAUUCGCUGCGGUGGAGCUGUUGAUGACAUGGCAAACAUUAUUGUAGCUCGGCUUCUCUAUCUUGAUGCUGUUGAUCCUGAGAAGGACAUUGUCAUGUAUGUCAAUUCCCCUGGAGGGUCAGUUACAGCUGGUAUGGCUGUAUUUGACACUAUGAGGCAUAUCCGACCUGAUGUCUCGACUGUGUGUGUUGGACUUGCUGCUAGUAUGGGAGCUUUUCUGCUUAGCGCUGGAUCCAAAGGAAAACGAUACAGUUUACCUAAUUCAAGGAUAAUGAUACAUAAACCUCUUGGUGGAGCUCAAGGAGGUCAAACUGAUAUCGAUAUCCAGGCAAAUGAAAUGCUGCAUCAUAAGGCAAAUAUAUACGGGUAUCUGGCUUACCACACCGGUCAAAGUUUGGAGAAGAUCAAUCAGGAUACUGACCGUGAUUUCUUCAUGAGUGCAAAAGAAGCAAAGGAAUAUGGAUUUAUUGAUGGUGUUAUCAUGAAUCCUUUGAAAGCACUUCAAUCACUACCUUCUACGGCUGAUGGUAAUGAAUAGCCGUUGCGUGUAAUGUGUGUUUAGGUAUUUUUGGUAUCAAUGUCAUGGCUAUACUAUAGAAACGAAAUGAUUGUCCACUUAAGUGUCU